AUGGAGAGUAUCCUAACUGGCUGCAUCACUGCCUGGUACGGUAACUGCACCACUUUUAACCAGAAAGCCCUGCAGAGAAUGGUACAAACUUCCAGGCACACCGUCGGAAUUUCCUCCCUCAAGGAAAUUUACACCAGACGAUCGAAUCAGAACAGCGAAUUCACUUUCCUUCUGCCUGCCGGAGCGACCGAGUGCUUCUUCCAAUAUGCGCGCAGGAGCGGCAGGAUGGGAGUGCAGUACCAGGUCAUUGCAGGUGCCGGGGUGGGUGUUGGUUUCACUCUGAUCUCCCCCCGUGGGUACAGACUGGUCUCCGACUUCAGAAAGUCAGACGGCAGCCACGUGAUUGAACCCACGGAAGAGGGAGACUACAGGAUUUGUUUUGACAACAGUUUCAGUCGUGUGUCAGAGAAGAUGGUGUAUGUGGAGGUGAUUGUGGAUGCGACAGAGCAGGAUGAUGAGGAUGAAGACUGGGCCGGUCUGGCUGAACCUGAAGACACACUGGAAUACAAACUGGAGGACAUCCGGGAAACGAUGGAUUCCGUGCACAGAAACCUGGAGCAAAGCCGUCAGACCCAGGCGAUGCUGCGGGCGCUGGAGGCUCGUGACCGCUAUCUGCUGGAGGAUAAUCUGUGGCGUGUUUCCUUCUGGUCCAGUGUCAGUCUGCUGGUCAUGGUCAGCGUGUCCCUCACACAGGUGUACACAUUACGCAGGUUGUUCAGUGACAAACACGGAGUCUGCACGUAGCAGUUACAGAGAAGAUGCUAUGAACUCUUGUGUGUGAAUGGUACUGUACAGUGAUGAUUGGCGGUCAGGCUUCAGAUGAAGGAAUUCAAUAAAAGUACUAAUGGAUUAAGGAC